AUAGUGCGCAAUUUCGCUUACCACAAAGCAAUAGCAGCAAUCGAGUUUAAAUCAUUCGCGCGAAUUUGGCUGCUUUAAUAGAUGUGAUACUCUCGAAAGCAUUUGGCGAUAGCAGCGCCAAGCCAAACUCAAACGAUGCGGCAGCAAACUUAGACAAAUCUGUCAGGCGCUAGCCAGGCAAGCUGACAGCAUCUGAGACAGACGAUCGAUUCGGGAAGCCUUUUUCUGUGCGAGUUCCUCAGCACUCUCUAACGACAGCUUGGGUCCCCUAGCAGGAUAAAGAUUAUGCAUAACUACGUAUUUGCUAACAAGCUUAUAUUAAAAAACUACUAGAACGAUUUCAUUAAAAGAAACGAUAUAAACACCUGAGGAUAUAGUUCAGUUAAAAAGCAAUUUAUUUAAACGUAGAAAAACCCGAGGAAACACAGUUUUUUUUGUCGUGCUACAAACGCAUACAUUAUUGACACUGAGAUUUACUACUAAAAUAAUAGUGGAUAGACAAUAUUCCAAAAACGGCUUUAAUCAAUACGUGUACGUCUUUGGCGUUAAUAACUUAUCCUUGUUUUUCGCGCGAUAUAUAUAUAAUAAACAAAACCCUUUGAACUACCUAUAUGCCCAAGUGACACUUUCGUUCAGUGCUAAAUACGAUAUUCGGUUAAGUUUAUUGUUCCAUUGCUUCUACUAAUUACUAAGCAUCAACUUGUAUCUAGAAUUAGGUUUACCACUAUCUGCUGCAGUGAAAAGAAAGAGAGCAACUCAAAAUCAUAACAAUAGCAAUCAUUAUGGUAAUAUUUCAACAUUUUCCCCAAAUAACUUCAUGUAUAUGAUUGGGUCAAUAACUGCACGAAGCCGAUCGGGGUCUUUUCGUCGCACGUGAGCAUAUUCUCGUUGUGCGUAUGUGUUUAAGUGUGUAUGAUACCCAUCAACGCAAUUUAAGUACUGAUGUUUACUUAAAUAACAUUCCACAAAUGGAUUACAUAACUGCUAUAGACAAUAUCUGCGCUACGGUCUGUUGAACGAUAAACGCGAGAGUUCAUUAAUGCAUCCAUUCAGUCCGCUGUUACCAACAAAUGGUCGCCUAUCGAGGCUGGUUGCCGCUUGAAUUUUCCCGCCAACUGCUCGGUCGCUUAACGGCCAUUUUGGAUCGUGAGCUUGUAGCAUCUCCACUCCGCUGGUGUGUGCAUCGCCUCGGCGAAGAGUGCUGCCCUUAGCAGAGGUGGAUUUCUUUGUAUCUUGAAGACUAAUUCAUGAGGCUAUUGCAUAGCUAUUUUCAUUGGAAGGAAAAUAUUACGCUACUUAAUUGUAUUGCAUGGUGACCAUCAACACGUUUUGCCAAAUCCAACUGUACAGUUGUUUUAGGGGUGUGUAGCAGCUACGAUCUCAACGAGGCAGCAGACGGGCGGUGGUGUGGCGUAGUCGUAAACACCCAGACUAAUUGCUUGCUGCUGCUGUUGUUAGUUCGGCCGUUGAAGACGACUACGUCAAAUCCCCUUUUUUUUCAUCAGCAGGGGUCAAUCAUGACUCAAGACCAGUCAGGCCGAAAACGGCUGAACGAGCUACGCGUUGUGGACCUCCGCAACGAGCUCGAACGCCGAAGUCUCAACACAACCGGCGUCAAAUCGGCAUUGCUUGAACGUUUGCAGAGCGCUCUCCGAGACGAAGGACUCGACCCUGAGACACAUGAAUUUGAGGUCAGUUCGGACACAACAGCAGCUCCCUUAAAGGCUACUAAUAAGUCAAAAACAAAAGAAGAACCCGACAAAGCCGAAGAGAUCGACGAACCUACAGGUGCAGAAUCCCCACAUGAUGAUAUCCCGCUGGCUAAAGAUGAGGCAUUGGGAGGUUCUACUGGGGGCAAUGGUACCACGGAAGGCUCCGGCGAUGACGAGGCCCAACAGCCUGAAGAAGCGGGUCUCGAAGUUCAUGCCGAAGAAAAUAAUGAAUUUGAUGAUAACGAUGACGGAAAGCCUGUCGACGGCGAAGGUGAUGGCGACCCUGAUGGCGAAGCCGACGCGGAAAAUGAGGCAGAUGAAGCCGAAGGCGAUAAAGAUGAGCCUGAUGAUAAGGUGGACGAAGGCAGUAUCAAGGGAAAAAAAGAUAAGGUCGGUGCCGGCGACAAGGACAAAAGCGUUAAGGAUCGCUUGUCGAAAGGCGAUGAAAAAGAAAAUGCUGAUGAUCAGCCUGCUAGUCCACCAGUUGAGUCGGUCAAUGUAUGGAUAUCGGCCCUGCCACACAAUACAAAAGCCGCCGAAUUGAAGAAGCUAUGUAGCAAGUGCGGCAAAAUCAGUUCGGCCAAGAUUGUUACGAAUGCCAAAUCGCCCAAGAGCGGUUGUUACGGCUACGUGACGAUGGCCACUCUUGAUGACGCUAAGAAGUGUGUCGCCGAACUAAAUGGCAGUGAUUACAACGGCCAUAAGCUGGCCGUAGAAAUGACCGAUCUCGAUCCGGCAGGCGCCCUUCGUGCGUCAGCUUCAAAGAAGAAGGCUGCCGCCAAAAAGGAGACCGAUCCGCAAACUCCUGUAAGUAAGAAGAAGAUUAUUUCUCUCAAUAAAGACAGUUCAAGGGCGGACAAGAAAAAGGAGGACGGCGAUGGCGAGGUGAUUAAGGUCGUCCUUGACGACACCAAGGACGAUGCGGACAAGUCCGGCAAAAAGAAGAUUGGCGGCGGCGGAGGUGCUAAUAAUCGCCAACGUGAACGUAGUCGAGAUCGAGGCGAUGUGAGAAAGCGACUGGGCACGCGAGGAGCUCCGAGCGGCCUGUCCAAGCUCCGAGGGGGUCGUAGCGGACGUGGCGGACUACGUGGCCGCGGGGGUAGGACCGGCGGGUUUCGCGGGGGCAGUCGUCCCGGCAUGGGUGAUCGCCCGCCUAUACCUCGUGGAAGUUUCCGCGAUCACCGCCAACACUCCCGGGAGCAUGAACGGCGGGAUCGUGAUUUCGAGCGUCAUCGUCGAGACGCGGAGUACAAGAUCCAUCGGGAACGCGAAAGGAUUCGCAUCGAGCGGGAACGCCUUGAGCGUGACAAGCUUGAACUGCUCCGUCUUGAACGCGAACGACAGCGCGCCGAAAGGGAGCGCAUUCAACGCGAACGUGACGAAUUGAUGCGCCGAAAAAUGGAUCACAUAAGGCACUCGAGCUCAUCGCAUGGCGGCCACAGUUCACAUCCAGUAGCAAAACGCUCAUACGAAGAUGUUCGCUCGACCGGCGGUACCGGCGGAGGAGGAGGCGCCAGCAGCGAUUAUUACCGCGGCGGCGGCGGAGGCAGCGCCAGCGGUGGCGGUAGCAGUAGCAGCGCGACAGCGAAACGUGACUACGAUCGACGGCGCGAAGAGCCCGUUGUGGCACAAAAGAGGUCACGAGUGGACUAUUCACGUAGUUCCGGUGCCUCCGGCGGUUAUGUCAGUGGCUCGGGAUCAUCGCGAGAUGCCUCGACCCGCAGCACGUAUGUCUCAUCGAGCGGCGGAGCUGGAGGCAGUAGCCGAAGCGGUAACGGCUACGGAGAAUAUGCCCAUUCAAGCAGUCAUGGCGGACAUUCACGGAGUGACUACGGCGCACCGGGACGUGGCUCGUCAGGGGGUUACGGCGGCGGCCACGAUUCGAAGUGGACCAGCAGCGGAGGUGGCGGAAGCGGAAGCCAUCCAGGUGGAGGCUACUCGUAUUCGUCCAGUUCGGCCAGCUACGGGUCCGUGUCACGGGGGUACGGUUCAAGCUCAUCGUCAAGACGGUAUUGAACGUGCAACGACGUCAAGGGUGCCGACCAAAGGUCGAGAUAAUGAAUAUUAGCUGCGUUGCCAGUGAGGGAUAGAGAGAUAGGAGAUGUAUGAAGAAAUGGGGAGAAAUAAUUUUUGUGAUGAGCAACAGCAACAGACAGGCACACAACGUUGCCAGGAGAGCAACGAGACGACACAUCUUGAAUUUGUCGAGAUGAUCAUUUUUCAGCAGCAUGAAAAAGACGCAGUGGGGUCAGGGGAGACAAAAGUAGUGGGCGUGAACGCAAGCGCGUUGCAUUCGCAGGUACACUUGUGCGCGAAAGGAGCUGACGGCAUACCUUCCGCCCGCCUUUUGACCACUGUAUUUGUAUACAGAAUGUGUUGUGUUAAGACAGAAAUUCAGAAUGAAAGCAUAAGUAAGAAACAGACAGUACCCAAACAGUCGAGGCUGAAAAAACGAAAAAAAAACGGCAACGGAGAAAUCAGCAACGCGAAAUACAGACGUGAGCACGGCGGUCCGGUCGGUCCGUUUGAGAGAGUCAUCAUCGUAAAAAAACAUAAACUACAACUAAAAAUAUUUACAAAUGAUGAAUGAAAGCAGGCAAUGCAAAAAAAAAUAUAACACAAACAGAAGCAAUCAGAUGUUCUAGAUGUUGCCACCACACGUUGAGCACCGCGAGAGAAGUUCGCGGUUGACCAACUCUGUACUACCAACAACAACAACAACCACCAUCACCUACAACCGUAUAAAUAUUGUAAUAAAUCAUCAGCUUAUACUAUCAGCUCUAAGUUGCAUCGAGCGUGUCCUGAUUCCUCCCCUUCUGUGCUACUACCACUACUACCGACUGUGUAAGGACAACGACAAAUGGCACUAUAGGCCGCUUUCCCUAUGUCUUGUGUAUCUGUCUGCACCGUAUGUGCGGAUCUCUGCUUCGAAUGUCAACUUCCUUCUUCUGAUAUUCAGCUGAGUUUCAUUCGCCGCCGUAAAAUACGUCAACCGGUUUUUGCGCACCUCUCGAUCGACGACCGAGUAAACCACCAACAACCUCCUUCUCUUUCACCACACCCCCCUCAAAUAUACUUGGUUCAUCGUUGAUUCAUCACAGCACGGCUUCACCAGGUUACCUUUUUAAUUCUUUACGGCACAUUUGGGUAAGUACUUACACGAAGACUUUGUGCCUUCUUCCUCGUCGAGUCAAUCUUCGUUGCACUUUCAUACAUCACUUCUGCAGACUAGCGGAGAUCCAUGGUUUUCCAGCAGUUACAUCAUCAAGUCGACAGCUAGCCUCAUCUCGUCAGCUCAACGGGUACUGCACCGACACACGAUCAGCUACAGACGAAUCACCGUUCAGCCGUUAGCUCACACUGAAUCAGCCCUCGACUUCGCGACUUCGACCCUGGACUGCAUCUCAUCCGCCGUUCUUACAUCGACAGCAUGCGACGACCUACGUCGACCAACUUCGAUAGAACUCCUCCGAAACCAUCAUCCGCUCUACGCCGGCUUGCCAUCGGUAUAUCGAAUCACCGCACCUCUUCAACGUCUUUCGACCACGACAACGAUGACAUCAGCGACGACUACCACAAAAACAACAAUAACAACUUCAGCAUCAUCGCCAUCACCAUCAUCAGCAUGUCAACUUUUCGGUGAGAUAAGCUACAGUGGCCUCCCUUACGUUACGUCGGCCUGACAACUAUCCACCUUCUCCCCGGAUAAUAGGGCUAACAGAGCAAUGCCCAGAUCUGUCCCUGGUACCGUUACACCACUGACUUGGUCAUAUCAAUCUUGAGGGUGCAACAUGCGCUGCAUCUUGCUUGGCCGUCAAGCACGGGUACGACUCGAGUUGUUACGGUUGAACGAGCAGAUCGUCCGUAACGGCCGACAACAGCGUAAUGUAAUUCGGGAAGUUCCGAACGCAUCCUGUUACUCGCUGGUUCGGGUGACGCACGCAACGUUGCUAAAUAAAGCUGACGCUGCCAAGGACAGAGACAGUUACGGUCGUAUGAUGACGCGAUGACAAAAUUCCAAUGAAAUAGCCCCUUACCUCAAAUCGAACCCUUUCACUAGAAAAAAGGCAACAGCCACAACAACUACCCCUAUCUCUGUCUCUCGCUCUCUCUCUCUCUCUCUGUGCCAUUACCGAGAUAAAUUUUAAUCUGCUGGGGUGCCACAAUCUACUGCCCCAAGGGGCUACAAGCCUACACAAGGCUGGUUGACUACUUCCCACGUAGAGAAGGAAGAUGAUUAUGUUAGACCCCUUGACGCCUGACGAACAAACAAUCUUGAGAGGACUCUAAACCAUCAAUAAUAUCUCCCCGACAUGUGUGUGUAUGAGUGUUUGUUAAUUUCAUGCCAAGUUGGGCCAUGCAUUUAUCUUUCUCUCUGUUUGGUCAAGUGAUUGAUGACAACUGUGUGAUAUCGAGAAGAUUCGGCGCAUCGUCAAUUCUCUAGUACCUUCUUCUUAUUGUCUUCUGCUGGCCUUUGUCUAUAGAUUUGUUUUGUGGAGUUGUUGUCGAUGCUGAUACGUGAACUCUUUGAGGUUUUAAGUUGAGUAUGUUGUGUGUGUGCACUUCAAACGACGAGAAGGAUAGUUUGCGCGGACUGUGCUAGUGUGCACGUUUCCCGAGCUUUGUGCCAGUGCGCGGAAUUAACAGGUCAGGCUAAAAAACCCUUAGAAACACUACGGCACUGCUGAAAGUGAAAGCUAGGAAUUAGGAUCUAUUAUAAUCAUUAUUUAGCAGGUACGACUAAUGGUUAUAGAAGUUUUCUUACGGUAAACGACUAACAAAUCUUUCCAUCUAGGUCAGUGACAUUUAGUAUUGUGCAUGCUAUAUUAGGACUAGCUCCACGCGCUUAUAGAACAACGAAUGGAUUGCAGAAAUGACCAGGUAUGAUUUAUUUAUUACUUAGUUUAGUGUCCUAUAAACCUUCUGUGCACAAAUAAUGCGCUUAGUUUUACUAUCUAGACUAGCGUAUAAAUUUAGCUGGCGUUCCGCUUUUGGUUCAUUGAUAUUAACAUCCUAACAACUUCAUUUGUGCUCCUAACGCCAAACGGAAGAAGAAUCGGCCGGAAAUUAAAAUAUGGGUCCUAUGGGGCAAGGGGGGCAUCUGCUAACCUGUUUGUUCUAGUUUUCUCAUUUCAGGUAAUUAUAGAUCUGCUACCGUUAAAUCCUUUUCAUUUUUUGAUCAAUAAAGUAGAAUUAUAAAUAAACUUUGUCAUCAUUUAUUAGAUUUUUUCAUGAUAGAGACAGUACUUAGUUGUUUAAAGAAAUCCGGAAUCAAAGUGUAAUUUUACAACCAAUGCAGGUUUUACGCCUUUUUAGACUAUUCUGGACGGUGAAGUUUGAUUAGCAUUAAGGCAGACUUUACAGGUUGUACAACCUUUGCAACUGUUCUUUUUUUUUUUUGAAAUUUAGAAAUACAUGUUAAUGCUAAAUUUUUUAGCAGUUACACGAGAGUCAGUUGUGUUCUUUGUGAAUUGUAUGUAAAAAGACCACUUACUGCCAAACUAGUAAUCUAUCAUAAUGAAUGUGAGGUAUAGGUCAAGUAGCUACAUUUUGUGUUAACUGGGCAUAAAGGCAGCCUCAUACGAAUUACAAGGUAAGCAUGUGAACGAUAGUAGCCUCCGUUAUCGAAGAUUUGAAUAUAUAUAUAUUCAGCCCGUUUAUAUUUGGCUAAUGUCGAGAUGUAGUACUACAUAUAAUUUGACUUGCUUCGGUCUACAGAUUCUCCAUUACGUAACCUUCAAUACUUUCGUUAAGAUUGUUAAGCAACUAGAGUUUUGAUCGAAACAUCUUGAGUUACAUAAUUAAUGAACACUCACAUUUCUUCCGAUUAUGUUUCACAUAGAUUUUAUUAACGACGAUUUAUCUAGCUUUCAUGUGAAAUUUUCGAAAGCAUGGGUGUAAUUGUAGCUAAUUGCUUGAGUCGUGUUUUUUUCUGUCUUCUACGUUUGUGUCAGCUGUUUGUACUAGUAACUGUAACGUCAGAUUUAGCAAGCUCGGUAAGUCGCACAUAUUCAAGUUAUACAAGCAUCGGUUUGUCGUUAGUUAUUAUUUCCCGGGAUGUACACGGUUAUUAUGUAGUAAUAGUCCAUGAAACUUUAUAGUACUGGUUUCCUAAUACUACAAUACUAAUUUAAAAAUGGAUUCUUCAGUAUUCAAACUUCAAACAACCUUGUAGCCUGGUG